AUGUCCACAGCAGGCUCAAACACUGAAAGGAAAACCUUCGCGGCGAAAGAAGAUGAAGCAGAAGACAUCCCCCUCCACCACCUCCGCCCCUUCGGCACCGGAUUGUACAAACAACAGAUCAAAUUCGUCCCCGCCUCCGACGGCAACCUAGACUCGACCAGUUCGACGGCGGCCAAGUCCAACAAGCCAAAACUUGACGUAGCUGAUCUCUACCUGAACAUGGUCCUCGCCAACAAGGAUAAGCAAAAAGCAAAAGAAAAUCCACCAACAGCUACGGAUACCACCACCACCCCCUCAGACACAACCCAAACCACAACAACACCGCCAACAGAGCAGCAGCCACCAAUAGUACCACCACAACAGGAAAUCUGCCAAAUCUGCAGCCUCCCCUACGAACCCACUCCACAGGGAAAAGCCGCCCACGCAGCCUCCUUCGCCCAUCAAUCCCGCCUCCCACACUCCCACCCACCCUCAGCGCUCGACCGUUCGCGGAUGGGCCUCAAACACCUGACCAGCCACGGCUGGGACCCAGACGCUCGCCAGGGUCUCGGGUCUGCGGCACAGGGGAUCCAGUUCCCCAUCAAGGGCAAGAAGAAAGACGAUCACUUGGGAUUGGGGAUCGAAAUACCCAAAAAUGGACUGCUGCCACCGCCAAAGAAGAAAAAAGAGAAACUGUUGGAUGCAAAGAAGGUUCGGAAGAUGGUUGAGCAGGACAAGAGGAGGGGGGAGAGGAUACAACGGGAGUUGUGGGGGAGGGGACCGGAUUUGGAGAGGUAUUUGGGGAAGGGGGCCUAA